AAACAAUCCAUCUCUUUCUCCCUCUCUCUCGAGAUUUCCAUGUGAGCAUCCCAUAUUCCCAUGGGGUUAAAAGCAUUGAGCUUAGCUGCCAGAUAAACACUCUACCACCAGAUACGCUGGCUCUGCCUGUCACGCGAAUCUAGCUUCCGUUGCUAUCGGAGAACUCAAAUAUUCCCAUUUUCUUCGUCCCAUCCUGCAAAUCUCCAUCGCCCACGAUCUUAGAUUUCGCCAACAUGUCUGUAACUUGCGGGGUCGAGUGUGUCUUCAUACUUGGCUUUAGUCGCUGGAUGUGGAAGCGCUGCACCUAUAUUGGAUCCUACGACAGCGCCACCUGGCCUUCUGCCACCGUCGAUGAGUUCGAACCCGUCCCUCGCGCCUGCCGAUUGAUCCUCGCCAUCUACGAGCCUAAUCUUCGCAGUCCACAUUACGAACCUGCCGGCGGGUUCCGUCUCAACCCCGAUUGGAUCGUCAAGCGCGUCUCCUACGAGCAGACGGGGGGCCACACGCCGCCUUAUCUCAUUUACACUGAUCACGAACACCGCGAGAUUGUGCUGGCCGUUCGGGGACUCAAUCUCGCCGUGGAGAGUGAUUACAAGAUGCUUUUGGACAAUCGCUUGGGUAUGCAGAAGUUCGAUGGUGGCUACGUCCAUCACGGUCUGUUGAAAUCUGCUUUUUGGCUGCUCAAACAGGAAUCGGAGACUUUGAAGCAGUUGUGGAUUGACAGUGGGUCCGAUUAUAAAAUGGUAUUUGCUGGGCAUUCUUUAGGUUCUGGUGUGGUUUCCUUGUUGACAAUAAUGGUUGUCAAUCAUAGGGACCAAUUUGGAGGGAUUCCUAGGAACAAGAUUCAAUGUUACGCGAUAGCACCUGCGAGGUGCAUGUCACUGAAUUUGGCAGUCAAAUAUGCGGAUGUCAUACAUUCUAUAGUGUUGCAGGAUGAUUUCUUACCGAGAACCCCAACGCCAUUGGAAGAUAUAUUCAAAUCAAUCUUCUGCUUGCCCUGCUUAUUAUUCCUGGUUUGCUUGAGGGACACCUUCGUACCAGAGGGAAGAAAGCUUAGAGAUCCCAGAAGACUUUAUGCACCUGGACGAAUGUACCAUAUCGUGGAAAGAAAAUUUUGCAGAUGUGGGAGGUUCCCUCCAGAAGUGAGGACUGCUAUUCCAGUUGAUGGGAGAUUUGAGCAUAUUGUCUUGUCUUGUAAUGCAACGUCAGACCACGGAAUUAUUUGGAUUGAAAGAGAAGCAGAAAAGGCUUUAAAUAAAAUGAAAGAAAGCAUGCCAGAAACUGUGACGGCUCCUCCGACGGUACAGAAAAUGCAGAGGUUGCAGACAAUUGAGAAAGAGCACAAGGAUGCUUUGGAAAGAGCUGUUAGCUUAAACGUACCUCAUGCAGUGGAAGCUGCAGAGGAUGAAGCCUCUGAGAGGAAGGAGGAAGGAGAGGGAGAGCCUUCCAACAAUGAUGAAAGCAAAAAUGAUGGCACAAGUGGCAAAUCUGAGUCAAGUGCUGGAAGGCUGAAUUGGGAUGAAGUUGUUGAGAAACUUUUCAAUAAAAGUGAGACAGGAGAUCUGCGUUUCAAAAGGGAUAUAAGUACAACAGAUUCAAGUGUCCCAAAAUGACAUUUUUUGUUGUAUGAGGUCUUUAGGUUGAAUAUAUUUUUAGUUCGUUAUUAUUAUUCUUGUUAUCAUCAUUGCCUCAUUGUACAUUUAUUUAUCAUGUUAAAAAGUUAAGUGAUACCGUUAGGAGGGAUCUAAGGUGUCAAAAUGUGUUGUUCCUGAAACUUUUUGAACUUGAUGCUCGUGUAUGAGCUAUGUAUUAUUCCUUUUUUAAAGAAAUGGAAAGCAUUUGCAUUUAGAUUUU